GAUUUAGGCUGAGAAAGUGUCCUGCUUAGUCCGUGUAAUAACCAUGUUACUUUAACUCGGAGGAGACUGAUGAAACUCUGCACUAGGGUGAAUGCUGUUUGGUGCUAAAAUGAUGGAAGGAUUUGGUAUCAAAGAUGAUGGAUAUGUCGGGCCUGUUACUUCAUUACAGUUUUAUAAUGAAUAUCUCCUUGCAGGUCAAGGACCAAACAUUUUGGUAUUUGACACAAAGAUGAACUCCAUGGUUUAUAAAGAGCAGAUGCUUUUCCCUGCUGUAGUACAUGGAAUUCAAAUAGAAAAAAGAACCACCUGUGUGUUUGGUCAGAAAUCGUGCAGAGUGCUUCAGAUAUCCGGAGAAGAAGAUUAUAUGUUGAGUCAACACUUACCCUGGCACUUGCUCUGGGACAUAAUGUUGUUCUACAUUGGGACUGGCAGAGGAACACAAUUCUUCACAGGGUGAAAUGUGAAGAGAAAUGCAUUUUAUAUUCUGCUAGAUUUAUCGGUCACACAUGGAGUGACCUGGUCUUAGCAGCAGGUACAGUGUUUAACCAAGUUGUCCUAUGGCCAGUCUGUGGUCAACAAAAUAAAGAGGGUCAUCAGAAGGUCAUUCAUAGACUAUCUGGUCAUGAGGGUGUCAUUUUCUCCAUUGCUUUCAGCUACCAUAAUAUGUGUCUUUGUUCCGUCUCUGAUGAUCGCAGUAUCAGGAUAUGGCAACUAUGUGUAAUACCUGAAGGGCAAACUGACGGAAGAUUGUCCUUAAACUCUGAAGGUCCUACAGGUGCAGCAGUAGACCAGAACUCCAAAAGAUGCACAGAUGGAAAUUUGACUAUGCCAGGUCAUUUCAGAAAGAAGGAAAUCCCCAUGGAUGUCUGGUGCAGGAUGCAGUAUGAGUUGAAACAUGUUAUGUAUGGCCACAGUGCACGUGUGUGGGAUGUCAAGCUACUCAGGGAAUUGCUGGUCACUGUGGGAGAAGAUUCAACCUGCUUGGUUUGGAAUUAUGAGGGCCAAGUUUUACAAAAAUUCAAAGGACACAAGGGCAAGAGCAUAUGGAGUUUGGCAGUAAAUGAGACAGACUCUUUAGUGGCAACAGGUGGGGGUGACUGCAGUGUCAGGUUGUGGCACCUAGCAUCUGUUAGCUCUUCAACAACCAAUGCCAUCACUUCGCACCCCGUCACUGUAUCCUCAGAACUCAAGGAAGAGGACUUCCCAAGAUCUGUUGCACUAUUAGAUGACAAUGUUGUUCUUAUUAUGACAAAUGAAGGAAAAUUGCUGUGUCAUACCAGUGGUAGUGGUUCUACAGUGUGGAUGCAGGAUUCAAGAUACAGGUCCUACAGUCUGCUCUCUGUGUCCCCAAACAAAACACUAGUUGCUGUUGGAAAUAUUCAUGGAGAUGUCAAAAUAUUUCAUGUUGAUGGAAAUAGAAUUGUCUGUCAGGAGGCUGAAUAUCAUGUCUAUGAGGGCAAAGUAAUGAGUAUCUUGUGGUUAGACCAGUGUACCCACUUCAUCACAUCUGGACCAAGUGGAGCUUUGACACUGUGGGAAGUGACACCAAGUUCCACUAACAUUAGGUACGCAGCUGUAGAACACUUCAUACUCCCUAGCUGUAAACAGCGUUGGAUAUCAGCUGCAGCAGUAUUAUGGGAUAGCUGCAUCUUGGUGUGUGGCGAUAGAGGUGGCUCUGUGCAUGUGUAUCCAAUGAAGAACACUGAGCCAGAAGCCUUUCCUGCCCAAAGUUUUGCAAAACUCCAUGGCAAAGCAGGUGUGACUGAUGUUUGCAUCCAUGCUGAUUAUGUCUAUACUUCUGGGAGAGAUGGUCAGUACAGGCAGUUCAGAGUGAGGGCUGGUCAGCUGGAGCUUAUGACCAGUAGUAAGGUUUUCAAGGGAUUUGAAUGGAUUGACCGAAUGAUUUUCCAAGACCAAAACAUGAUUAUACUAGGCUUCCACACAUCCAAGUUUGUUGUCUGGAGCUUGAAUCACAACCAGAAACUUCUUGAGGUAGAGUGUGGAGGUGGUCACAGAACAUGGGACUUUGACUUAGGACGGGAGAGAUGUACAUUUGUAUACCUCAAAGCAAAGGAGGUGGUGAUGUGUAAGGGGGCUAUAAAACUAGAAGAACCAAUAUUAUUGCCAAGUCUGCAUGGCAGAGAACUCACCAGUGUACUGCAUCUGUUCUCUUAUAAAGAUAAACACAUAUGUGCAACAAGCAGUGAAGACACCAUGGUCAAUAUUAUACAGCUUUCAUCUCCUGGAACUACCAUAUGUAGUGAUCUCAACAUGACAGUGCUCAAGACAUUGCAGGGUCAUCUGUCCAGUGUCAGGACAUUAACUUCAGUCAGGUCAUCUCAUUUGGCAGGAAAUAUAACACAAUCAAGACUGCUGUUUUCAGGUGGUGGAAGAGCACAGGUGAAGUGUUGGAAGAUUACAGUUUCAAAGCGUGAAUCAUGUGCUGAUUGUCAACUUUCCAGUGCAGUAGUGAGUACUGUCUCUGGAAGUAACAUGCCAUGCCCCAAAUGUGCCAAGAAUAAAAAAGUGGCAGAUUUUAGUCAAAGUGCUGAUGACUGUGAAGUGGAGUGCAGUAUAGAACUUGUCUUUUCUCACAUGUUGGAUGAAAAAGGAAAAAGAAAAAGGAAGUCACAGAUCAAUUCUUGUGUGUCAUCUAACCCAGAAACCAGAUUCAUGUCUCUCACUGCAUUUAGAGCAGGUGAUAUAUGUUCUGAUUUUCAAGAAGAUGUAGUUUUCAUUGCUGCUGCUUGUUCUGAUGGACUUGUAAGGUUAUUUGCAUUCCAUGAAACGAACAAAAGCUUCAUCGUCUUGGCAGAAUCCACUUUCCAUGACCACUGUGUCUUAUAUAUUGGACACCUGCUGAUUCAAUUCAACUCAACUUCUGAAGUUGUGAUAUACUCAGGUGCUACAGAUGGGAAAAUUGCUUUCUUCAAUGUUUCAAAGAUGGUCAAGGAAUAUGUGGCCAAAUGUGUACAUGUGAAUUUUGAGGAGAACCAGUUAAAAAGUGAACAUCGUGCAAAACAAACUACAAAUUUAUCAUACAUAAGUUGUACAGAAGAAGACGGUGUAAUACCUGACUACCUCAGAAAACAAUUUGCAAGAACAAAUGAAUAUUACGACCUGCCUGCUUCCAUAGAGGAGCCUUUCUUAGUCCUCCCUUUGCAUCAGUCUGGUAUCAGUGCUGUAGAUGUGCAGUUCAUAAAAGCUGGAGAAUACAUGGUGGCCAGUGGUGGAGAUGAUAAUGCCCUGCAUGUCACACACAUUAGGCUUUGGAGAAACCAACAAGAUGACAACAUCAGUGGUGAAGAGGUCAUGAGAGUUUCCAUGGCAACUGCCCAUGCAGCACAGAUUACAUGUGUUCAUUUCCUGGACUCUACCCAUGUUUUGACUGUCAGCAUUGAUCAGAGAAUGGUCAUUUGGACCCUGCAAGCAGAGACAUUUCAGUUCAAUAUGCUUGCAGCAAGGUAUGUGAGUGUGUCUGACGUUGCAAGCAUGGACAUUUGGAACAAAAGUGAAAAAAGUUGCAGUGCAGCAGUAGUUGGAGUAGGAAUUCAACUAUUUGAUGUAUCAUGGAGAUGACACCUCUUUCAGCUGCAGAUCAUUC